GUUAAAUAUGAACGGUCGUGUCAGUCGGAUGUAACUGGGCGAGUUUUUUCGCGUAAACUAAUUGAUUUUUUCUAAUUAAAUUACUGUGAAUCGUUGUGUUAGUAAUGCAAGUGUGAUGUGAGCCAUGAUAAAUUAUAUUGUGCAAAGAUUGACUAUAGUGACUUCAAAAUAGGGGUGUAACAGUGGAACAAAAAUGGCUUCGGGCGACACGGAUCAUAUAGAAGUGAUGGAAUCCGGGAUAAAAAAGUCUGAAAUAGUAGCCCAGCCGUCGGGGUCGGAAGAUGAUGAUCGCGACAGGGUGUCGUUGGCUGAAAAAAUGGUGCCCUACGACCCGGCGGUGGGCCCCCUGGGUGCUAUCAGCAAGGUCCACAAAUCGGACCGGAAAAUUGGGCACCGGCGCGUCGGCGAAGGUGGCGAGAUCACCUACAAGAAGAUCCAGUCUUCACAGAUUAUGGGUUCCAUACAACUUGGAAUACAACACGCGAUCGGAGGCCUCGCAUCGAAACCAGAACGCGACUUGCUCAUGCAAGAUUUCAUGACAGUGGAGACCACCAACUUUCCACACGAGGGCUCGAACCACACGCCAGCACAUCACUACUCGGAGUUCAAGUUUAAAACCUAUGCGCCUAUAGCGUUUAGGUACUUUAGAGAUCUGUUUGGGAUUCAGCCGGAUGAUUUUCUGAUGUCAAUGUGCAGCGCCCCCCUACGUGAGCUGAGCAACCCGGGCGCGUCCGGCUCCAUCUUCUACCUGACGAACGACGACGAGUUCAUCAUCAAAACAGUGCAGCACAAGGAGGGCGAGUUCCUGCAGAAACUGCUGCCGGGAUACUACUUGAACCUCGACCAGAACCCCCGCACGUUACUACCAAAGUUCUUCGGUCUAUACUGCUACCAGUGCAACAGCAAAAACGUGCGGCUUGUCGCCAUGAACAAUAUACUGCCUUCCGCCGUCAAACUGCACCAGAAAUACGAUCUUAAAGGCUCCACGUAUAAGAGAAAGGCCAGUAAAUCGGAACGGCAGAAAGGCUCCCGCGCUACAUACAAGGAUUUAGACUUUAUGGAACACCACACCGAGGGCAUUUUCCUGGAGGCCGAGACUUACAACGCGCUUAUAAAGACUAUGCAGAGAGAUUGCAGAGUGCUAGAGAGUUUUAAGAUCAUGGAUUAUUCCCUCCUAGUGGGUAUCCACAAUCUGGACGAGGCGCAACGGGAGAAGACGGAAGCUCGGACCCGGACGGAAUCCGGACAGAGCGAGGGCGAAGAGGACGGCAACAAGAAAUCCGGACUCAACCGGACGAGAUGCGAGAACGAAGACUUCAAGGCACAAGUGAAACGGACACAGUCGAUAAAUAGGCAGAGACUAGUGGCGCACUCGACGGCUAUGGAGAGCAUUCAAGCGGAGAGCGAACCUAUCGACGAAGAGGAUGAUGUACCACCGGGCGGUAUUCCAGCGAGGAACGCGCGCGGCGAACGUCUAUUACUCUUCUUAGGCAUCAUUGACAUCUUACAGUCGUACCGGCUUCGGAAGAAGCUAGAACACACGUGGAAAAGCAUGAUACACGACGGGGACACUGUGUCAGUCCACAGACCCAACUUCUACGCUCAAAGGUUCCUCGAUUUCAUGGCCAAGACUGUCUUCAAGAAGAUACCUUCGUUGGACCUGCCCGAGAUCAAAGGGAACCACCGGAAGUUCCGGACUCUGGUCACAAGCUACAUAGGUUUGACCCUGAAACACUCUCCUUCGAAGAGGAAAAGCAUCAGCAAGCCGGUUCGGCCGCAGGAGGAAAUCGACACGCCAGGACGAAAGUACAACAAACCUAUCAAAGACUACAACCCAGAGUUGAUGAAGAACCGCCUAUCGCCCAGGUCUUCCCUCAGAUCUAGCCUCAGCGACUUCACAGACACAACCAUAUCUACCUGGAACCAGAGGCAUCCUCUCCCACAAAUACCCACUGAGUACCCUUCAGUAUUAUCUGACAGGCUCAAAAACUUGGAUAGAGAUCGCUUCUUCCAGCGCAGAAUAGAUUUCGACACGUCCAACCUUAAUCCGAGGGACCCCGGACCUUCAUUCUUAGACAACGUUUAUAGAGCCACAAUCCAAGAUAGAAUGGACAGCCUAUCAACUCAAUUAACCAAAGUACUCAGCACAGGCGCGGGCAGUUCUCAUAUAAACGGCAGUCUAGCCGACAGCGGAAUACAAACAGACAAUACCAGCACCAGUGUACCUCAAAUAUAUAUAGAAACGCAAGUGCCAGGCAGUCCUGUCAAAAUUCUCAAAGACGCAGCAGUCGACACUAGAAACGAAAAUAACCUACAAGAUAUACCGUUUAUCGAUGACGAUGAAGAUCUUAGUAAAAGACGAAUUGUUCUAGAAAAACAUAAAUCCAUGUCCAACAUACCCGAAAACAUAGAAGACGAAACUGUAGUCGAGAGACUAUCAAACAGCUAUAACCGAUCUAAAUCACCAUCUUUCAUAGAAAAAUUCAAGAAAUUCUUCACAGACAUCGGCCUAGUUAAAGCUGAAAGCGCUGAUAUAACAACAGAAACUAAUAACCCUAACACAUUACCUAAAAGUCUAAACUCUAGUUAUAGAACCAGAAGCGUUACACCUACCAGGAGUUUAGAGACGCGAGAAGCAUCAACGUUACCAAAAGACAUGAGAUUCAGGAAAGUACGGUCGACGCAAACUGUUUAUAUAAGACAAGAAUCUCCUAUAUCUAUGACGCGAGAUGCAGAACAACAAACUCAUGUGUCAGUUGUCAAAUUGAAUGGAAACGAGGCUGAAGACGAGAAGGUAAUUAGGGAUGUAGUUUAUAUUAAGAGUAUCGAAAAAGCAGAGAUAUAUAGUACUAAUGACAGCGGUAGCACUAUUAUAGUAGUUCCACCAGCUGAUUGAGAUUUUUAUCUUAAUAUAUCGGUGUCAUUUUCUAUGUUCACUCCUGUCAUGUGUUUUUAAACUUGACAAAUUGACGAAUAUAAUGUGUCUUACACAAUUUAGAACGAACUGUCAAAUAUUUGAGAUACUUGAGAUAUUCUAGACAGAACGGAUUGGUGAAUGUCAUUUGUAUGAGGAAAAAGGAGUUGGGAAAUAUUAUGUAGGAUUUUGAUUGCUAAUACUCUGAACGGUUAAUGUUUUCAGUGAAAUUGAAUCAAUCUUGUUUGAAAGAUUCGUAAAUUAUUAAAAUUGUAAGGAAAAAUGAAAUUAGUAAAAAAAUAUGUCUUCAAAGCACAAACAUAAAGCAUAUAUUAUCAGUACAUAAAAUAAUGUAUUAAUGAAGCACAAAUAUUAUAAAGUUGCCGUUACUGGAUGAAAAUUCAAUUCUUGUUCGCUCAUAUCUAAACCUAAACUCUUGUCAAUCAAGUGAAUUAAAUACUACUUCAUACACCUGUAACAGAGUUCCAAAUAUAAUGAAAAGCGAAUAUAGAUAAUAUCCUGGUCACGGCACCAAUUUGUAACGUUUCUUUUAUAAACUUGCUUAUUUUAAUCAAUCAUUUACAUACUGUAUUAAUCGCAUCAAUUCUAUUUAUUUACUCAAUAUUAUCCUUUUUUACAAUUAUUUUGAUAAACAUUGUAAAAAGCGCCGAUAUUAACACUUAAAGGCAAUACGAUUAAAAUCUUAUAGAAAAAAGUGAAAAAACUUUCCACACAAAAUGACAUGAUUACUGUAACACCAUAAAUGACAUGAUUACUGUAAAAUUCAUAAAAUGGGUUCUUUUCCGAGGUUCUAAGUAGGUUUAGACAGUUGCUUCUGUACUAUACUGCCCCCAUCCAAAUGCUGUUAUCCUAUUUUGAUGUUUACAUGAAAUUGAUGACGAAUUACGAUAUUGUUUUGUUUCGCUUAUGUUACUAAAACGCGAACAAAUGAAAAUAAGUAUUGCUGUAAUAACUUUGUCAUAAAUUGAAUGAAAUAAGGUUCGAUACGUAUUGAAGACAUUCCUUAUUUUUUUCGAAUGAAAAGUAUUGAUAAUGUCACAAACUAAACAUGUAUUUAAUGAACGUGCCUUUCGAAUUAAGAAUUAAGAAAUAAUGUCAUAAAUUCAUGAUCAAGAAAUUGAUAAUUUUUGUAACAAUAUGUUGAAGUUUACAAAAAAUCUAUUUUUUAAUGGCGCUACUAUGGUUAAGUCCAAAUGAAAUGUAAAACGUCAAAUUAUUCACCUUUUUAUUAUUGUUGUAUUUAAGAUAUUAUGUGAAUAAUUUUGACAGUCGACAUAAUGACGUUUGCGUAGAUUAUUAGAAAGAAAUUGUAUGUAUAUAAAGUUGUAAUAAAAGAUGAUUUAGAUGAA